CAUAAAAUCACAGCAUUGGCACAAAUCGGAUCCAGUAACCGGACCCACAAGGCAAACCAUAAAUGCCAAUCGUAUCACCUGUCGGAUCGGUCACAAACCACAAACCAGAAAAAGAGGAGUAUAGGAUAUCAACUCAAAAUCGCAACAUUUGGUCGGGCCCGAAUGUCAGGGGAUCCGAACAUGGAAAUGUUACAGGAGUCGGGUUGGGAGGAGCUCCGGAAAGAGGCCCGAAAGAUCGAAGGCGAUCUCGAUGUUAAGCUCUCAUCUUAUGCAAAGCUCGGCGCUCGCUUCACCCAAGGAGGUAACGUGGACGCUGUUUCACCAAUGCUUGGGUCCGGCAGAUCAUGGAAAUCGAUGGAAAUGGAGAUUCAAUCCUUGCUUGAGAAGCUACUGGAUAUAAAUGACUCUAUGAGUCGAUGUGCUGCAUCUGCUGCACCUACUACUUCGGUUUCUCAAAAGCUUGCAAGGCACCGGGACAUUUUGCAUGAGUUUACCCAGGAAUAUAAACGCAUAAAAGGAAACACCAACUCAAUGAUGGAACACGCAGAACUACUAAGUUCUGUGAGAGAUGAUAUCAGCGAGUACAAGGCAUCUGGAAGUAUGUCCCCAAAAGUGCAUUUGCUGCGUGAGAGAGCCGCCAUAAAUGGAAGCAUAUCUCAUAUUGAUGACGUGAUUAGUCAAGCUCAAGCAACUAGGGCUGCACUGGGUUCUCAAAGAUCCUUGUUUGGGGAUGUUCAAGGAAAAGUGAAACUACUUGGUGAAAAAUUUCCCGUCAUUCGCGGUUUAAUAGGUUCAAUCAGUAGAAAACGAUCAAGAGAUACUCUCAUCCUGUCCGCAAUUAUUGCUGCUUGUACUCUUUUUCUUAUUGUCUACUGGCUUUCAAAGUAAGCAGAGGGACAUCAAAUUUGUUGCUAUAAUUAAUGGAGAAAGAAGCAGCUUUGUAAGUCUUCGUAAGGAAUUUUGCGGGUAUAAUUUGUUGAAACGAAAUAAUUUUCAUUACAAUAACCUUUCUAGCUCUU